CCCGGGGCUCGCCGCGCCCCUCCGGCCCCCCAGGGCCGCGGGGAGCCCGGACAUGGGCGUUCGGCUGCCCCGGGGCGUGUUGGUACCUGCGGGAGGGCGCCCGGCGGAAAGUCCCUGCUUCCCAUGAGCAGCGCCUGCUCCCGGCGCUGGGCGCUCGCCAUGGACACUAUGAAAACCACCUACAUCGUGCUGGAGCUCAUCAUCGCCGUGCUCUCCAUCGCUGGCAACGUGCUGGUCUGCUGGGCCGUGGCCAUCAACAGCACCUUGAAGAACGCCACCAACUAUUUCCUGGUGUCGCUGGCCGUGGCCGAUAUCGCCGUGGGGUUGUUGGCCAUCCCCUUCGCCAUCACCAUCAGCAUCGGCUUCCAGGUGGAUUUUCACAGCUGCCUCUUCUUCGCCUGCUUCGUGCUGGUGCUGACCCAAAGCUCCAUUUUCAGCCUGCUGGCGGUGGCCAUCGACAGGUACCUGGCUAUCAAGAUCCCACUGAGGUACAACAGCCUGGUGACCGGCAAGCGGGCGAGGGGACUCAUCGCAGUGCUGUGGCUGCUGUCCUUUGGGAUUGGACUGACCCCUCUGAUGGGCUGGAAUAAAGCCAUGAGUGGCUGUCCCAACGCCACCAACGAGACAGGCACAGAGCCCCAGGGCUGCUUCAUCUCGUGCCUCUUUGAGAACGUGGUGACCAUGAGCUACAUGGUCUACUUCAACUUCUUUGGCUGCGUGCUGCUCCCGCUCGUCAUCAUGCUGGGGAUCUACAUCAAGAUAUUCAUGGUGGCCUGCAAGCAGCUGCACCAGAUCGAGCUGAUGGGCAACUCCAGGACCACCCUGCAGAAGGAGGUGCACGCAGCCAAGUCUCUGGCCAUCAUCGUGGGCCUCUUUGCCUUCUGCUGGCUGCCCCUGCACAUCCUGAACUGCAUCACGCACUUCCACGAGGGCUUCUCCAGCUCCAAGCCCGAGUGGGUGAUGUACGUGGCCAUCAUCCUGUCCCACGCCAACUCCGUCAUCAACCCCAUCAUCUACGCCUACAGGAUCCGGGAUUUCCGCUGCACCUUCCGCAAGAUCCUCUCCAAGAUCCUCUGCAAGGCCCAGGAGCUCCCCAAGUGUCCCUCGGAGCACAACCAGCACCUGACUGCCAUCAACAUCAGCUCCCCCGCGGCCUCGGUGACCGUGUGAGCCCGGCCCUGCUGCCCUGGCACUGCCUGCCCUGCCCUGCCCUGCCAGCAGGGCUCAGACAUGACCACUAUGGACCCGUGCAGCUCUGGUUUUAUUUUUAUUUUUAUUUUUGUAAUUAACGUCAUGCCUGGUAGAGGAGUGACCUGAGCGGGGACACUGAGUGCAGCUCGCCCUCCUCUGUAGCCCCUGGGGCUGUGAUCCCCUUGUGUUUCCUUUCCAGGUGUUUCCUUUCCAGGCUGGACACUGACUGGGGAAGACUCACCUGCUGGGGGGGUGUUUCCCCAAUUGUGCUGCUCAUGUCAAGUCAUAGGAUCUUUAUUUUAAUUAUUAUUAUUAUUAUUAUUUUUUAAUAUUUGGAUUCAUUUAGGAGUAAUAAUUUUGUGUCUGUUUUUUGAGUUGUUCUCCAAGUUCAUACUUGACAGCACUUUGGUAAUACCCUAAUUAUUCCAUCAAUUGUUUGAUGCAGCUUGUAUUCUCUGAUGGGAAAAAGUCUUACUUAGCCCAGUUGCUGGUGUGAAACUGAAUCUGUGUUCCAGGCACUCAGGGGAGGGACUGUGAGGAUGGGAAAACCAGGUCAGGACUGGCCAGCCCAGCAUGGAAGCCCCAUUUGGUGAAAGAUUUGAGAAAAGACUUGACCAAGGUUUUAGUGCAGAGGUUUCACUGCCUUGAAAUCACCUUGGCUCACAGGGCUGUGCAGCCCAGGUUUGCUUCCAGAUCUGUUUGCAGCUAUCAAAGUGAGGAGGCAGAAGUGCCCCAAUGGUCUGAACCAGAGCCACCAAGGCCAGUGUCACUCUGCCUUGGGGACAUGAGCUCCACAAUUGGGUUUUUGCUCUGCCAGCCUUGCAGAGCUUCCACAAGUACAGGUUUUAGCUGUGAGAGGUGGAUGCUGCAGCUCCCUGACUCCUAAGGCUUGGUCUGGCUGGGACACCCCUGCAGCCCUGAAGCCCCCAGAAGCUGUGAAUGCUUUAUUGUCCCCCCAAUAGUAAUUUUCAUAUUUCUAUCCGUGAAAAAUUGUACUUGAAUCACACAGAAAUCAACUCUAUAUUUUUUAACAUUCUGUUGCACUAAAAGGGGGGUACAAGACCCCAAGAGUUUAACUUCUCUGGCAUAUGUAAUGACAAAUACAGUGUAAAAUCAAUUGAAAA